CGCAACCUCGGCAUCAUGUACCGAGGGGUGCAGCUGCUGAUCCUGCUCUACUUCAUCUGGUACGUGUUCAUCAUCCAGAAGGGCUACCAGGAGAGCGAGACGGGCCCCGAGAGCUCCGUGCUCACCAAGGUGAAGGGCGUCACCCGCUCGCACAGCAAGGUCUGGGACGUGGAGGAGUACGUCAAACCCGCCGAGGGCGGCAGCGUGUUCAGCAUCCUCACCCGGGUGGAAGUCACCCACUCCCAGACUCUGGAGCGCUGCCCCGAGAGCCUGGAGGUCCCUCACGCCGCCUGCAGCUCCGACAGCGACUGUGUGGCUGGGGAGAUGGACAUGCUGGGGAACGGAGAGAGGACGGGGCGCUGCGUCCCCUAUUACAGCGGGCCGGGGAAGACCUGCGAGGUCACUGCCUGGUGUCCAGUGGAAGACGGACGGACGGUCAGCGAGUCCCUGGGGAAGAUGGCCGCGCAGUUCACCAUCCUGAUCAAGAACAACAUCCACUUCCCCCGCUUCGGAUUCUCCAAAGGGAACGUGAAGGGCGAGAAGAGCGGCUACCUCAAAGGCUGCACCUUCAACGAGACCUCUGACCUGUACUGCCCCAUCUUCCGCCUGGGCUCCAUUGUGGAGCAGGCAGGAGAGAACUUCACCGCGCUGGCCGAACGGGGCGGCGUUAUCGGGGUGAUCAUAAACUGGAACUGUAACCUGGACCUGCCCGACUCCGCGUGCAACCCCAGCUACUCCUUCCGCAGGCUGGACCCCAAGAGCAUUCAGGUGUCUUCUGGCUACAACUACAGGUUCGCCAAAUAUUACAACGGCAACGGGACGAACACGCGGAGCCUGAUCAAGGCCUAUGGGAUUCGCAUCGACGUUAUUGUGCAUGGCCAGGCAGGGAAGUUCAGCCUGAUCCCCACCAUCAUUAACCUGGCCACGGCGCUGACCUCGGUGGGAGUGGUGAGUAUGUGCCCGCUGUGCCCGGGCUGCUUGGCACAGGGCUCCUUCCUCUGCGACUGGAUCUUACUGACCUUCCUGAACAAGAACAAUGCGUACAGCGCCCGGAAAUUCGAUCAGAUGCAGCCGCUUGGCACCUCGAGAGCCAGUGCCCAGAGACCAGGCCGGAUGGGCUCUCCCUGCCCCUGCUGGCUCCGGGCGUUCCUUGCGGGAGCCGGGCACCGCAGCCUGCCUGACGAGCCACCCCACGGGCCUUCCCCUGGUCGUUCUCCACGCCCCGGGCCCUGGGGUGGGGCCGUGGAGCGAGGCCCAGGCACUACCCGCCCCAUCUCUCCUCUGUCUGGCCAGGACAGGACCCCGGCCCCAGGCUGCAGCGGUAACGCCUGCACCACCCAGGCCUCCUCGCCGGCCAACCCCCAGGGCCCCGGCCAGCUCUGAGCUGCCUCUGCCCCCCACCUGCAGCUGUGGCUGGACUGGAGAGUGGGGGGACACUGCCAAUGGGCAGGCUGAGUGGGACUGGAGGGGUGAGGACCAGGAGACCCCCGGCCCAAUCCGGAUUUCACCGCGUGGGCAGCAGAGUUCCCGGAGAGCCUCAGCUUCCCUGCGACUCUCUGCAGGGCUUGGGGCAAGUGAGCUCCGGCCCAGGCAGGCCCCCAGCGCUAAGCUGAACAGCCGCACAGGCACCCUGGAGCCUUGUACAGAUCCCGGGGCAGGGCCAGAUCCCCACGGGGGCAGCGUGGGACAGGUACCUGCCCCGUUCUACACCCCCUGCUCUGCCGGCGCCAGCCCCUCCCGCAGUGAACGUGCCCAGUGGGCUGUGAUGGGGCGACAGGUCGGCCCCAGGAGCCCAGCCACAGAGAGGCUGGUCUGUGCAGGCUGCAGCCGCCUCCCCGGGCCCAGCCGGCUCUUUAACUCGCACUGAGCCGGGAGUCACUUGGGUCGCUGGGUGCCAUGAGCUGAGGGAGCACGUGGGUACUGGCCUCUCCCGGGGCAUCACCUCUUCCCUGCUACUCUCCCCCUAAGGGAGCCCCCCUGCCCCGCCCCAGGCUCCUCUUCCUCCACAGCUGCUCCCCGCAUUUCCCCUGCUGUGCUGGAGCCUGCUCACCCCAUGGAACUGAGGCUGUGAAACCUGCUCGCACGCUCCCAUGAGCCACCCACAAACCCGGCCAUGCCCACUCAUGGCCACUCAUCCUUCUGGCUGGCUUUGAGCAGCAGCAACGUACUGACAUUUGAAUAGUCGUCUUUAGGUUUCAGAGGUAAUGUGCCAUUGAGAUGACAUCACCUCUCUCAGAGCUGCUGUUUCAGGCUCCCUGCAGACUCUGGCAGAGUUCACAGCAUCAGUGACAUUUGGGUCAUAUUUUGAAGGGUUUUGUUACAAUAGUAAGGGCUAGAGAUUUAAUUGUAGUGCUCAGGGAUUUGGGAGGGGGGCAGGGGUCAGGUUUUUGCGGCCCAGCUUGAGACACCUCAUUUUACAGGAAGUGCAGAGCCCCUGUCCUGUGUAAAACUGCCCAGGCUGAGCACCUGAAAAUGGAGAUGCCCCCAAAUCCAAAGGUGGAUUUACAGUAAAACACAGGGGGCCCUGGCACGGGGACCCCAGGGCCGGGCAGCUGUGGGGGGCAGAAGCUUGAUCCUGCUGGCUCCUGGGGCUCCUGCUGCAGGCUCCGCA